AUGGCGCUCCCUGAGGCCUGCAGGACAGGGGGAGAGGGCACACCCCCCCCACCCCGCCGCCGCCACGUGCGCCUGCCCCGCCCGCCAGGCGAGCGAGGGGCCAAUAACCGGCUGUUGCUGGGGCGCAGCCCCCGCCCGCAGGAGCCGCAGACUCCACGGCCCGCGAGCCGCCCCCUGUCGCCGCCCCCAGCGGGCGCGCGCCUGGGGUGUGGCCGCCCCGACAAGCCGCCCCCCCCCACCCCGCACGCGCCCCUCCCGGACUGCGGGGGCCGGGGCAGUCGGGGUCGACUCACUUCCCCGGGCCCGCACUGGCCGCCAGGGGGCGCUGCCGAGCCCGCACCCCCAUUGUUUGUAAACAAACCCGCCAGACCGCUGAGGCACCUGCGCUCCCGGACCCUUAGUGCCUCCCGCCCAGCGACCCCAACCCAGGGUCGUUCGUGGGAUGGAGGGUGGGGACAGAGGGAGGCACGGGUGUGGGGAUGCAGCGUGCCCCCACUGCUCUCCCAGCGCACUCCUGCCACCUCCUCCAGGGAGCCCACCCGGCCUGGCCAAUCGCGGCCGGUGGGCACUCGGGGUGCGCACACUCACCCCGGGGGCAUGAACACGCCGGAGGGGGCGGUGAUGGGGGGGCGGGCGGCUUCCUUCGAGAGGACGCGCCCGCCGAGCGCCGCUCGCUGCGGCGCCUGCUGCUGCGGCGGCGGCUACUGCUGCUCUAACUGCAGUGGCGGCUGCUGUGGCUGUGGCUGCCGCUGUUCCCGCUCAGGCUGCAGGCGUGUCCGCGUCGUGGCCGCCGCCGCCGAUUCUGGGGCCGCCGCUGUCGUCGUUGCCGCCGCCGCCGCCAGGCGCCCGCUCGCAUGUGGCUCGCGCGGCGUCUCAGGCCGCCCGGCGGAUCCCCGGCCCGCUCGGCGGCCGCCCCGCCCCGCCCCGCCCCCGCCCGGCGGGUCCCACGCCCCGCCCCCGCGUGACGCCACGGCCCCGCCCGCCCGCCCGCCCGCCGCGGACAAGUCGGGACUUGCAGGCGCGCGCCGCGCCCCCCUACCUCCGCGCGGGGGUUUCCCUGCAGUCGGGGGCGGGGCGGGGCCCGGCCCGGCCCGCGGCGGGAAGGACCGAGGCGUGCGGACGCGGGCGGCCCGGCCGGCGGGACAGCCGGACACACACGCUGACACACUGACACACUGA